CCGCACCGAUCCACGCCCCAAAUCAUACCUACCUUGCUUGGUAUCCCAGAAAACAAUCCAUAAUUCGCAAAAGCUCCUAACCGUCUCUCCCUUCUUAUCAUCCUUUUUGACCUCGUCAGGCGGGAGAGCUCAACGCGAAGCGACAUGGGGCCUGGCAUCGUUCUUCAGCCCUCCGAUAACCACUUCAACUGCUUGGUUUGAUAACUCGCUUCUGGUUCUCCCGUCUGCGAUACAGGAUCAUUCUCCAUUGAUCGCGCGGCAGUUACAGCACCGCAACUUCUGGGGUCGUCGCAACCAUGAAUUUCCUGCACAGACGGAGCAGGUCUGUAUCGGCCACUCGGCCCCAGACUCCUGCUUCAGCUUCUGCCCAUAUGGCAGCCACUCAGGCAUUCCUCAAUAGCCGAGCCUCGCAGGCAAAUCUGUCAGCUUCAGCCGCCGCCCAAGCCCUGAGAACCAUGUCUCCGACUCCGACCCCGGUGGAUCAGGUUCAGACAAAGCGCAUGAUUCAAAGGCAAGCCUCUUCCGGUUCUCUUUCAAGUUCAGCCCGGGGUCGAGGAAGAGGCGGCUUGCAGAGGCACAACAGUGCUGGGUCUAUGACUGAGAGGACGUUUAGAACUCCGUCGCCUUCGCCUUCGCGACCGGUCUCGCACUCAGAACCCCAGGCACCUCCGCUCCCGACUAUUCCGCAACAUUUUGUUCCGCCCUCGACCACACCACCCAAGAAGAAGAAGAAGAGGGCAUCCAGUCAAGAAGCUCCUCCGCCUCGUGUACUCUCACCGCCCCUUGGGCGACCCUCGAACCGUGGCCAGAGCCUUGAUAGGUACGGAUCGCCGCAGCAGCAGACGCCGCCGCAGCCGCCACCCAAAUAUCAAAGAAACACCACUGUUCCACAGAGCAAUGAUCUUGAACGAGUUGACAGCAGGAACUCCAUCAAUUUUUCGAGGCCACUGUCGCCGCGGCCCCAGUCUCCGGUGGCGCAAUCUCCUAUGGCACAGUCUCCAGUUCUCGUGAACGGCGAUCGAUCCCACUCCAAUGCUGUCGUACGGGCGAUCUCUCCGGCGCAGGCCGCAGACAUUCAAUACGACCUUGUGCAAACAGCAAAUCAGCCUGUCAAGAAGAAGAAAAAGAGGGUAGUCAAUAGUGCAGCUGAAGGGAGUCACUUGCAGACUGGGACAAUGGCGAGCAGACCAGUCGUCAAUCCCCUGGAACCAAAUGCGGAACCGCAACUACAACCCCCUUCAGAUCAGCAGCCUCCCUUGAGGAAGAAGAAGAAAAAGCCAUCAUUGUCUGCAGAGGGCACUGAUUCUCCCGCUACCGAGGCUUCGCGGACCGAUUCAGACUCGGACUCGAAUGUCGAGCGCAAGCGAGAAAGGAGGACUCAGAGAGCCUCAGGAAUCUUGCAGAAACAGCCAUCUAUUGUUCGGGAGGACUGGGAAGGCGAACAGCAGGAGCAAGCCAGUCCGCUUCAUGCCCGUGAAGCCGUAGAUGCGCACAUGAACUCUGUCCAAGAAUUGGCAACUCCGGCUCGGGCAAAGAACCCUAUGAAUGUAACAGAUGUAUCAAGGAAAAUCGAGGUCGCUCCGUCGCCAUCCGCUCCCCAUCAACCACCAGAGAUGCACGAAACGCCAGCACCUGGUGGGCGCGAGGAAUCGCCAGCUCCAGCGAGCCACCUUCAAGUCACUGAACCACAGCCUACUCGGGGUACUUCGCUCAGCCCCUCACGGUCCACUCGCUUCUCGGACAGAUUGUCUUCAGACCUCGCUGCAGGGCGAAAACACGAACCUCCUCCGCGAUCAAUAUCGCCCGCCAAACCUGCGCUCAAGCACCAUUCCCCCGCUCCAGCUUUUCCCGGCGGCGAACCUCGCGGCGCUAGUGUUACCCCGAGCGAGUCGUCUGAUAUAUCGAGCGCGUCAGCAGAUGGUCCUCCGAAGCGGAAGAAGUCUGUUCGAGUCAGCUUCGAGGUUCAACCAGAAAUUGUCGGUACUGCAGCCAGCUUCCAAAGUCCGGCGGAGAGUCCAGGCAGAGAGAAAAAGGGAUGGCUUGGGUUGGGGAAGGGCAAACCAAUGCUUAACACCAUGUCCUCCAAUGACGACAUGGAAGAGUUGAUGAAGCCACGCCCUCAAUUGCCAUCAUUUGGAAGUGUUCGGGGCCAAAAGUUUAGAGACAUGAAUGAUUCCAACACCAGUCAAAUGUCAAGGUCACCACCGGAAACUCGAGCGCCACCCACAGAGGGCAAGAUUACUACGUCUUCCGGAACGUCUUCGGAAACCUCUAGUACCUACACUCCGUACCCAACAACAGGCGUGUCAAGCGAUCAUGCUGUAGGGGCUGUCUUGGCCCAAGAGGCCCGAAGGACCUUCGGGCAGGCCCCUGAAGCUCGACCAAAUGAGCCCCUCCCGCCUGAGGUAACGUCGGUAGAGGGCAUGGUGUCGUUUUCGGACGAAGAAAACGACAUUUCGGAGGCUGAGGAGACAAUGACCGCUCCCUCCGCUCGUAUAGAUCCGGAAUUAGAAGUACACCGAGACGCAAAGAACGAACCUGUGAAAACAAUCAGCCAAUCUGUCAGGUCUGGGCCUCUCCAGACAGAGGUACCCGUUGUGUCCGUCUCACCACCUACUCCCGCCGAAGAGCCGAAACCCAAUGAUCAAUAUUUGGUGGAAGUUCCAGGAGGUUUCCCUCUGUCUACGGAAAACCUAGGCAAAGGUGAUGAUGAGUCGCGCAAGGCACCACCCGUGGCCAGCCAAAUCCAUGACGUGGGUUCGCGCACGGUCCCUGAUGCCGUCGACGACGAAGCGUCGGACAAUGAUAGCAUUUACAGCGAUGCGGCAGAAGACCCCUCGGAGAUGGAAGGAAUGGGAUUUGGUUCCAUUGACGCGAUUGUGGAGAGUCCAAUUGUAACUCCGCCAGCGCCACUUACUUCGCCUGAGAGCCCCCUUGCACGAGUAUCAUCCUCUGUUUCUCAUGAUGCGCUGGGUGCUGGAUCAUGGGAGGAGACGCAGGCUCGAUGGAGUGGCAUUGCAGAGCAGACGAGAUAUCUGCCCAGCCAAAACAUCAUUGAGAGCCGAUCAGCACCUGCGACCACAGUUCACGAUGUGGAGCAGGCAAGGCCAGUCCCAGAUCAGGAGCCCGUGCAAGCGAGGACGCCGGAGGUUCUCACGACAGCAUACAACAAGAUAGCACAACCUGCCCAGCCUAGGCCUAGACGAACCCCCGCAUCGCAGGCCCCUACAUCACAGCCUAGACGCAAAAAGAAGUCACCUGCAGCAAUAGCUGCCGCUGCAUCUGUACCGGCUGCGGCGGCCGCUGCGCAAGGACUCCCGGAUUCACCGCUGCAUAGGAAGACGCAGCCUUCUCCGUAUCCAACGAUCGAAACUCCAAAUCUUGGAUAUGCUGCGGCAGCCGCUGCACCUUUCCGACAGUCAAUGAGAGCUAGCUCCCCCCCAGAGACCGAACCCGGGCUCCGCAAGACCAUGCGUCACGAGAACCGCAAUUCAAUGCCAGCUUCAACCGUUGCCCCGCCACAACAAAGAAUGAGCCAGCCUUUGAGUUCUAGUCCUCAAACGCAACCCCGAUCUGCACUCCAGAAGAAGCAUAUUCCUCUGGCCGCGGCUGCCGCCACCUCUGCGCCCGCGUCUCGGAAGCAACCUGUUCGGCCAGUUGUGUCGAAUGACAGUGACUCGGAAAGCUCAUUUCGGAAGGCUCGUCGAAGCAAGUCUACUACAGGCGGCAAAUAUACAAUGCGUAGAAGCAUGCGAGGUCCGGGCGAACCAACUCUACGGGGAGACAGGCUCAAUGGCGUCCGGUCGGUUUCACCCGUGGGCAGACGACCGUUCUCCCAGCCAGAUGGUUCCCACACCAUGAGAACCACCAUGAGAGGAUCAAUCGACAACGUACCAACACUCCGCGGGUCGACUGAUGUCAGAAGAUCAACCUCCUUGUUUGGUCGCCCACAGACAAAUACAGCCACAACCCUCCCUAUGACUUUGGGCAGCCAGACCAACCGGUCCCGCAUUCUAGACUCGGACGACGAGGACGAACAGCCUCAACGCAGCAAAUGGCGCUCCCGAUUCGCCGAUGAUAGUGACGACGAAACGGACGUACCACAAUUUGCUCCCGUACGUGGAAUUCCUCGUAGAGACAAUGACGAUGAAUCUACAGACCUGGACGACAGCUCGGAUGACCAACGAACCGCACCAAAACUUCAAAUUCCUCAGGGCGAUUCAGCUGCACCCCUCAGCAGCACUGAAGCUUUAUCUCCAAAUAGCGAGAAGAAACGAGGUUUACUUGGACUAUUUCGCAGCAAGAAGCCCAAGGAGGAGUCACUUUCGCCCGUGGUCGAAUCCCCUCAAAGGCCCGCAAAGACCACGGAUACGAACAAAGCGUCGCGGCUCGGAUUUGCAUCAACUGCCGAGAAAGACAGAGCAAUUGCGCUGGCAAGAGCCAAGCUGGAGGCAGCGAAAGAACAACAGAACCCGGGCGGACAACAACAUGGCCAUGCCAAACUACACCGUCGACACGCCCCUGAGCGAGUCAUGAGUGACUCUUGGCCGCUGCCUCCUGCAUUGCCGUUAGCCAAUGAAACUGCCCGACCGAGCACGAUGGACGGACCCCCGAUGCGGAAUGGCACGACGAGGCUGAACCAAGGCAGCAUGCGCAAACCGAAUGAGUUUGCCGAAGCUGUUGGACGCAGUGGGAAAAAGAAGAAGUUCCCCAUGUUACGCAAAGCCUUUGGGCUGAAAGAUUAAUUGGUUGUUUUUGAUUUCCUUUUCCAGUUUGACGUUUACUCGAGUACAAUGAUACCAUUCUCUGUCUCACGAUUUGUUUCACGCACUCCCUUUGUGAUUGGAAUAGGCAGACACACACUGCGCGGUUAGUUGGGGGGAUGGCAAAUAUGCAGGAUCUCAAAAAGGGCAUCUAGAUGGGUCAGAAAUGCGAAUAUAUCGGCCGGAUUUCUGCUUGUUGAGAAGAUGGAACUACAGAACAUAAUCAGGUCAUUCCACCUUCAUAGCCUGAUAAUCAGUAAUAUAACUUCGACGGUACAAAGACCGAACGCAACGAGAUGAGACGAUCAGCUUGCAGGAGCACAUGCACCUUUAGCGCAUCUACCGGCCACAGCCUGAGACACG